UGAACAACGUCUCGCCACUACCGUCUUCAGCCUUCUUCGGUCCCAAAUCCUCCAUUUCCAGCCGAAAAAAUGAUGGACCUUCUCAGAGUCUCUGCGAGAUCAAUUCUCUCUCUCGUUUAUGAUGUCUCGUUACUUUACUAAUACAGAAUACCCUUUAAUUUGUUUGCGUAUAUAGGCGGCUUCGACUUUCUCUUCUGCUAGUGUGUUUUAAAACUAUACAUAAACCCUAAUCCAAAACUCAUUUUCCAUUCUUGACUCUGAAUUGCUGCGAAAAUGUCUGACAUCCCUUCUGAAAUCCACCGGCAAAUACUUCUUUCCCUGCCAGCAGAUUCCCUUUUCCGCUUCAGAAGUGUUUGCAAGGAAUGGUGCAGCCUUAUUGAUGAUCCAUCUUUCGUCAAAGCCCACAUACAAAAUCAAGUCUCCUCAAGCACUCUUCUCUUAAAAAAUGAAGGCUCUGGUUCACCACCGCUUUAUCUCAUGAACUUUGACUCGCUAGAAUUCACGGAUGACUUGAACGAUGACGGCCAGAUGAUUGAAGCAAUUCCAGUGAAGCAAUUGGUUGGUCUUGACGUGCCUCGAUUAGAAUGUCUUCCGGAGAACUCCUGCAAUGGUUUGAUUCUUCUUUCUACUUCUGACCUUAACAAGAAUUGGGCUGUAUGGAACCCAAUAACAGGAGACUACCAUCAGUUGCCCCCGCCCGAUUACCCUGACUAUUAUUUUGUACAUGUGGCUGCGGGUAUAGGGUACGAUCAUGUUUGUGAUGACUACAAAGUUGUCAGGCUAGAGACAUUUUCUUUGGGUGAUGAUGAUGAGGAAUAUACUUGCAGAACUCUUCUUUACAGCUUAAAGUUGGGUUCGUGGAAGCAAAUUAUGGAUUCUCCUAUUGAUUUUCUGGGUAGGCUUAAAUAUGUGAAUGGGGUUUGUGUGAAUGGGCAAUUGCAUAAUUUGCAUUGGUGUGUCCAUGUAGGUGUUGUUCUCACGCUAGAUCUUGUUACUGAGGAAUACAGAUUGACACCUCUUGAUCCCGUACCCUUCCCCAAAGAGAGAAUUGAUAUUGAUCUGGAUUUGGAUGCUAUUAGUGGGUCAUUAAUUUUGACUUCCAGUUACUUCACAAGCACCGGGUGCCACUUUGAUGGAUGGGUGUGGCAGGAAUACAUAGUAGAAAACCCUUGGAAAAAAUUGUUCUCAUUUCAUCUUAACUGCUCUAAGAAACCCAGACUUGUAGCUUACACGAAGAACAAAAAGAAGGUCACUCUGCAGCAUGAUGAUGGUUUUUUUUGGGUUGAUAUUGAGAGCAAUUCGGUGAAGCUGGUAAAAGUUGAUGGACUCAUGGGCAUUUCUUCCCAAGUUUUUCCUGGAAGCCUCUAUCGCCUCGACAACCGUGGCAGUGCCAGUAAACCCGUCUCAACUUCAACAGGUGUGAAGAGCAAGAGAAAACAGACCAAAAAGAGGACUAUUACAAGGCUGAAGAUCCAUAUAAGAAAUGAAGUUAGCGGAGUCCAGAAUCCAGAAUCCAGUUAUGAUUCUUCACUCGGUUCGUACAAGGCUGAUGAGUAUUAAGUAGUCCUACCAUUUUGGAUGCAACCUAUUGAUGAUGCAAACAGUCUGUUUUGGUUACUUUGAAAACUUUCAGCCUUUAAAUGAAUGUGUUUUUGGAAUAUUUUCUAUUCAUUGUUUAUUGCUCUUUUAGUUUUAGUUCAUGCAUGCUACAGCUUGCAAAAUCAAUUACUCCCUUGUCAUUUGGAAAGCACAAUUUAUGAAGUGUUUUUUUAGCGUAAACAGUCAAACGAGCACA